UGCAUCGGUGGCGUUCGGGCAGUUUGGAAUGGGUUCGUUUGGGCUGGUGCUAAUUAGUGUCCUUCUGGUUGGCGGUGGUGCGACGACGGUCAACGGGGGGAUACUGAUCUCCAAGGAGGAGGGACUGUUCCCACUGACGGUGAUCCAUCUGAACGAUUUUCACGCGAGAUUCGAGGAAACGAAUGUGCUUUCGACAAAGUGCAAACCCCAGGAGGGGGAGCGUUGUAUCGGUGGCUAUGGCCGGGUCGUUUCGGCGGUGAAGGAUUUGAGUGAGGCGUACAAGGAGCAGAACCCGAUCUAUCUGAACGCGGGCGAUAACUUCCAAGGAACGUUUUGGUACACGCUGCUGAGAUGGAAUGUGACGAGUUAUUUUCUGAACUUGCUACCAGCUGAUGCGAUAACGCUUGGGAAUCAUGAGUUCGAUCACGGAAUUGAUGGGGUGGUACCGUUUAUGGGGGCGAUUAAAUCACCCGUCGUGGUUGCGAAUUUGGAUGACAGCGGAGAACCCCGCAUACAGGGGAAGUAUAAUAAAUCGGUUGUGAUACGCCGUGGAGGUGUACGGAUCGGUGUAAUCGGGGUAAUUCACCAUGCGACGAACACUUUGAGCAUGACGGAGCGGUUAGUGUUUCUGGAUGAGGUCGAAGCGAUAAAUACGGAGGUGGCGCAGUUGAGAGCGAGCGGAGUGAACAUUAUCGUGGUGCUUUCGCAUUGUGGAAUUGACAUCGAUAAAAAGAUUGCAGCCGAAUGUGCGGACGUCGAUAUCGUGGUCGGUGGUCACUCGCAUACCUUUCUCUACAAUGGUUCAACCGAGGGGUUCCCAGACCCUCCGGCAGGACCCUAUCCAGUGGUAGUUAAGCGUCCCGACGGGAACAAAGCUCUGGUUGUUCAGGCCUCUUGCUUCACGAAGUUCAUCGGUCGACUCACGGCCUACUUCGAUUCGGAGGGUAAACUAGUUGAAUGGGAGGGUAACCCUGUUUUCUUGGAUGAAUCGAUACCACUGGACCCACAAAUCGUUCAGGAACUAAAACCUUGGAAGGAAAUGGUGGAUCAGCUUGCUUAUCGCAACGUCGGAUCCUCGCGAGUGGUUCUAUCCAAGCGUGAAUGUCGUACGGGAGAGUGUAACUUGGGAAGUUUCGUGGCGGACUCAUUCGUCGAUUACUACGUGCGUAGAUCGGAGAGCAGCAAUGAGUGGACAUAUGCAUCAAUAGGAAUCACUAACGACGGUGGGAUGAGAACCUCUCUGAAUAGUGGAAAUCUAACCUACGAUGAUCUGGUAACGACCGUUCCGUACGAGAACACCAUUGACACUUUUGAAAUCCAGGGGUUGCACUUGCUGGAAGCACUAGAAUACAGUGCCAGUCGCUUUAACACAGCAGAUUUCCUACAAUUAUCGGGUCUGAGAAUUGUCUACAAUGUCACGAAACCCAUCGGGCGGCGGGUUGCAUCGGUCCACGUUCGUUGCCGGGAGUGUAAGGUCCCCAAAUACCAACCGAUAGACACGAGUAAGCUUUAUCGCGUUGCCAUAGCAGCCUGGAUCGGUAAUGGCGGUAACGGAUACACCAUGUUCAAGCAACACCGAGUCAACGUUCGAGUUGGCCCCCUCGACAUUGUAGUACUAGAACAAUACGUCAAAAAGAUGUCACCAAUUAUGCAGGGAAUCGAUGGCCGAAUCCGCAUAUUAAAAUAGAUUCCGUGUGCUAUCUUGAAUGAAUAAAUAAACUUCCCU